UCCACGGGGACUGUCUCCCUGAAGCCGGGAACAAGGUGGUUGAAGGACCGGGGGGGUUGUUGGGCGAGCGCAAGGGUUUGGGUGUAUAACACCAGUAUAUAUUGGGACAUCUUCUCUCGAAUCUGGUAUCCGUCUUCCUCGCCACCUCUAGCAUCACAGUACCGCAGUAACCGCAGCUUCGCAGUAUCAUAGUCUCCAGUCAACCCGCAAGCAACAAACAUGGUCUCCCUCAAGGCUCUCCUCCUCGGCGCCGCCGGUGCCCUGGCGUUCCCGUUCAACGUUACUGAGAUGAACGAGCUCGUCGCACGCGCGGGCACCCCGAGCGGCACCGGCACGCACAACGGCUACUUCUACUCGUUCUGGACCGACGGCGGCGGCAACGUCAACUACCAGAACGGCGCGGGCGGCUCCUACAGCGUGCAGUGGCAGAACUGCGGCAACUUUGUUGGCGGCAAGGGCUGGAACCCCGGCGCGGCCCGCACCAUCAACUACUCGGGCAGCUUCAACCCGCAGGGCAACGGCUACCUGGCCAUCUACGGGUGGACCAAGAACCCGCUGGUCGAGUACUACAUCGUCGAGUCGUUCGGCAACUACGACCCGUCGUCGCAGGCCAGCAAGUUCGGCACGAUCCAGCAGGACGGCAGCACCUACACGGUGGCCAAGACGCGCCGCGUGAACCAGCCGUCCAUCAUCGGCACCGCCACCUUCGACCAGUUCUGGUCCGUCCGCCAGAACAAGCGCACCUCGGGCUCCGUCAACGUCGGCGCCCACUUCAACGCCUGGGCCAAGGCCGGCCUGCAGCUCGGCUCCCACGACUACCAGAUCGUCGCCACCGAGGGCUACCAGAGCAGCGGUUCUUCGUCCAUCACCGUGUCGUAAAAAAAGGCUGCCGGAAUCUGCGAGUGGGGGGA